UACAUGAGCAGGUCUCUGUGCUCACUUGUGAGGCACAGACCUAUUAGUCCCUGAACGUUUAUCAGUGGUCACUUUCUUUCCUACCACGAAAGAGGGACACGGGAAAUCGCUGAGGCUGCCUUCGCUGUCUUUUCGGAUCCGGAUGAUGAGAGCUUGUAUUCAAUCUCCAGAAACCCGCACUCGUUUGUUUUUACAUCAAGUUUGGAAAGUGUGGAAACCACGUCGCUGCAGCAUCGGCGAGACUCGACCAAUGAGCCUGCAAGUACGUGCUGUGAAUCCUGAACACGGCUUGGGAGUGAUUUGUCUUUUUCUUUUCAACUGAACUAGAGCAUCCUCCAAUCGAAUUACCUCAGCCAUUCAUUGAACCCCUCUAACUUGGACUUUUUGAUUUUAUUUAUUUUUGCAUUCAUCGAUUUAGAACACAGACGCGCAAAGUUUUUGUUGUUGUUGUUGUGUGUGACACAAAUAGUCGACAUGGCAUCACUGUAUCAGAGAUUCACCGGCAGGAUCAACACAAACAAAUCUUUCCCCAACCCUCCAGAGGCCAGCCAUCUCCUCGGGCAGGGUGUCGAGGGGGAGAGGGCGGCGGAGAGCCAGCGACCCCGGCUUCAGUACCGUCAGCACUGCGAGGACGAGGAUGAGCUGGUGGGAAGUAACCCUCCGCAAAGGAACUGGAAGGGAAUAGCGAUCGCCCUUCUUGUCAUUCUGGUCAUCUGCUCGCUGAUCGUCACCUCCGUCAUCCUAUUGACACCAGGUGAGGAUGACCGACUGGCUCUCAAGGGCAAGAUGACCGUUGCAGACCUCUUUAGAAAAGACUUCAAGGUUCAUGACCCUAACGCCAAAUGGAUAAGCAGUAUUGAACUAUUAUAUCGUAAUCGGGAUGGCGAUGUUGUCAAGUUCAACGUCGACACUGAUGAAAAGAUCAUCUUGGUGCAUAACAAGAAGUUUGAAAUGUACAAAGCCAGCAAGUAUGAGGUGUCUCCUGACAUGAAGCAUGUGCUGCUGGCCUACAACGUUGCACCGGUGUACCAGCAUUCUUACACCGCCUUCUACAUCAUCUGCAGUCUGGAUACUCCGACGACUUGGAACUUGAACCCUCCAGAGGUGCGAAAUGCUCAGCUGCAGUAUGCAGGCUGGGGACCCCAGGACCAGCAACUGAUCUUUGUUUUUGAGAACAAUAUCUACUAUCGCUCCAGGGUAGAAAACCGCUCCAUUCGUCUGGUGUCUACUGGAAAGGAGGGUGUCGUUUUCAAUGGGCUCAGUGAUUGGCUGUAUGAAGAGGAGAUUUUCCAGUCCCACAUUGCCCAUUGGUGGUCUCCAGAUGGUGCCAGGUUAGCAUAUGCCACCAUCAAUGACACCCUGGUGCCCAGGAUGGAACUGCCCAUGUUUACGGGCACACCCUACCCAAUGGGGAAAGAGUACCACUACCCUAAGGCCGGUGAGGAGAACCCAGUUAUAACUCUUUAUGUUGUGAAUCUUAACGGCCCUCUUCACACCAUUGAGAUGAGGAGACCUGAUGAUCCCAGGAUGGGUGAGUACUAUGUGACUAUGGUGAAAUGGGCCACCACCACCAAACUGGCCAUCAACUGGCUGAACAGAGCCCAGAACAUCUCUAUACUCACACUGUGUGAGGCCACAACGGGGGUCUGCACAAAGAAACAUGAGGAUGAAAGUGAAGGAUGGCUCCACAGACAGAAUGAGAAACCCCAGUUUUCCAAAGAUGGGCUGAAAUUGUUUUUCACCCGUGCCAUUCCUCAAGGAGGCAGGGGCAAGUUCUUCCACAUCUCUAUGUCCAUCUCCCAGCCCAACACCAGUACAGACACACUGCAGUCGAUCACUUCCGGAGACUGGGAUGUCACCCAAGUCCUGGCCUAUAAUGAGGACAGCCAAUUGAUAUACUUCUUGAGCACUGAGGAUGGUCCUAAACGAAGACAUUUGUACAGCGCCGACACCUUUGGUUCAUUCAACCGUCGCUGUCUGUCAUGUGCCUUGUCCGACAGCUGUGACUACAUCAGCGGCUCCUUCAGUAGCAACAUGAGUUAUUUCCUGCUCAAUUGCCAAGGACGGGACAUCCCAUUUGCAGCUGUUUACAAGACUCAGAGAGAUGGAGAAAGUGAGACGCAAGACAGGGAGAGUAUUGCAGAAGUACAUAAACUGGAGAGCAAUGAGAACCUGAGGCUGACCCUGGACUCCAUGCAGAUGCCCACUGUGGAGUACAAGGAGAUCAAUAUGGAUGACUACACCUUGUCGAUUCAGAUCCUCAAACCUGCCGGCUUCAUGGACACGUCACACUAUCCACUGCUCCUGCUUGUCGAUGGGACACCUGGUGGCCAGAUGGUGGCGGAGCAGUUUCACAUAGACUGGGCCACUGUGCUAGUGAGCAGCUUCGGGGCCAUCGUGGUGCGCUGUGACGGACGAGGCAGCGGCUUCCAGGGCACCAACCUGCUGCACCGCAUCCAGAAGAAACUCGGGGUGUAUGAGGAACAAGAUCAGAAGGAAGCACUCAACUUUAUUUUGAAAGAACCCUAUGUUGACAAAACCAGAGUUGGAGCUUUUGGAAAGGUGUAUGGAGGCUAUGUUACCAGCCUGUUGGUCAGUGGCGAGGAAUCCCCUGUAAAGUGUGGCGCUGUACUCUCACCCAUCACCGACUUUGAGUUAUAUGCGUCUGCAUUUUCAGAGAAAUAUCUUGGGCUGCCUAAACCUGAUCCAAGGGCGUACACAAUGGCAAAUUUAGCACACAGAGCAUCUCAGUUCAUGGAUAAGAAGUUUCUUAUAAUUCAUCCAACUGCUGAUGAAAAGGUCCAUUUCCAACAUACAGCAAAAUUCAUCACCCAGCUCAUCAAUGAAAAGGCCAACUAUACCUUACAGAUAUACCCAGAUGAAGGCCACUUCAUUCACAGUGAAGCAACAAGGCAACACCUCAGCCAGUCCCUGGUGAACUUCUUUGAGGAAUGUUUCAGGCUACCAGAACGAGUGUUUGAGGAGGCGCUGGAAGAGGAGAGUGAAGAUGAGGGUUAGCUUGGCCUCCUGAGGCUUGUGUGCCCCAAAUCCUUCCCACCCAUUCUACCUUACCUCCGUCCUGUCCCCGUGCCCAAGCACAACACUGGAAUACAGUUGUCCACAAUAUGCAACUCUCGCCUGUUCUUGCUCAAUUUGAUUUGCAUUUGGACUCCCUGUGUCCGCAUGCUGAACCUGAGACUGCCUUUCCAGCAGACGACGGAUCUAGUCCUACAUCCAUCCUCCCACCUUCUGCCCUGAGUUUAAAUCCAAACGGCCCUUGAGAGAGCCAACAAAGACUGAUGACCUGAUGUUUUGAAAUAUACUUAUUGAUUUAACUUCACAGCAGGAUGGACCAGCUCCUUUAAAAGCAGAGGAGACGAAGCCUCAGCUUGCAUACAGAUUUCGAGCUGUGCGGAGAAGGGUCACCUUAUAGCACAUAACUUGUGGGCCUGUAUAUUAAUGCAAAUCAGACGCCUGGUGAAGAACGCUGGUUAACAGUGUUCACAAUGAGUGUCUGGAAUUGUGCCGAUACAGGAAAUGUUACUAUUUUUAAAGUUGUGAAGAACUUUCAUGUUGGACUGUGGUUGUGUCUAUUGUUCUUACAGUAUGUAAAAUAGCACACAAAAACAUUCACUCGGAUAUUACAGAUAUAUUUUCUUUUGGUAUUCAUGUUUACCCCAAUGUUUAUCUUGUAGCCUCGUUUUAUGUAUUUUAGUGAUGCUGACAAAACAUGCAAAAUGUUUGGCAGAAAAAAAGUGCUAUUUCAGUUUUAUCAAAUUGUUCUUUCCCCAAAACAGAACCAUUAACUUCUUUUAGUCACUGUGCCUUACUUUGACAGAAAACAUCCUGCUGUGGGACUGCAUUUAUGAACUACAAUGCUAAUCUGAUAGGAAUUGCUUGAUUAGCUUAGCUUCUUGUCGAGAGUUGGAAGAGAAAUUUGGUUCCACUCUCAUUAAAUAUGAAACUAGAUUAUUUUAGCAUAAAGACUAGAAGCAAGGGUAAACAGCUAACCUAGCUCGUUCUAAAAGUAGAAGAAUCUGCCUACUAGCUCUUCUGACACUCACUUUCUUUGAGUUGUACACAUCAUUUGUAUAAUCCGUACAAAAACUACAAAUUGUGGUUUUAUUGGACAUAUAUAUAUAUAUAUAUAUAU